AUGAAAGUAGUGAAUCGUGAGAGGGAGGGCAAGCAGGGUGAGAGCAGCCGUGAGGGCACGCUGCACGAUGAAAGUAGUGAUGGUGAGAGGGAGGGCAAGCAGGGCAUGGAGGAGGAGGUGGCAGUGACCCAAGGCGCCCAUGGGAGCAAGGAUAGUCAAACUGAGGGCAUGGAGGAGGAGGUGGCAGUGAGGCUGCUCCGUUUCGCCGACAAGCAGGAGGCCAGAGAGGCGAUGCAGGCGUUCGCAAGAGAGGUGGAUGUUCUCCUGCGCGUGCAAGAUGUGCAGCACCACCCGCACAUUAUCCGCCUGGUGGGCCGCUACAAGGACCCCCUCUCGGCUUCCCUUGCGCUCGCAUACGAGUUCAUGCCGGGGGGCAGCCUGCAGGAGCAGCUGCUGAUGGCCAAGCUCUGGGAGACCAAGGUGGCUCGUUACUUCGCCGAAAUCGGCUCGGCCUUGCUCUGCCUGCACCAGUCCCACCCGCCCAUCCUCCACCGCGACCUCAAACCCGACAACAUUCUCCUCGACCAAUCACGCACCAGCAAACUCGCUGGCAUGGGGCUGUCCUGCGUUGUCCCGUCCUCCUCCUCCUCCUCCUCCUCCUCCUCCUCCUCCUCCUCCUCCUCCUCCUCCUCCUCCUCCUCCUCCUCCUCCUCCUCCUCCUCCUCCUCCUCCUCCUCCUCCUCCUCCUCCUCCUCCUCACAUCCCGUGGUCACGGGGGACGUGCGUGGGACGCCAGGGUUUGUCGACACCGAGACGAUUCUUUUAAAGACCACGACAGUGAAAACAGACGUGUAUGCGUACGGGAUGGUUCUCAUGCUCCUGCUCACCCGCUUUCUGGAGGUCGAGGAUGUGAUUGGGUACCUUCACUUCAUGCCCUCGGAAAUCCGAUGGAACCCUGCGUGUGCUGCUGCUCUUAUUGCGGGGUUGGAGGGCAGAGGUACUGGCAGUGGCAGUGAGAUUGACGACCACAUGGGUGGCGUCAGCAACGGAGGUGUGGGGCAGUUGGAUCCGUCAGCAGGGGAGUGGGAUGUGGGGUUGGCACACCGGCUGCUGGUGGUGGCGAUGAGGUGCCUGGAAAGGACGUCAGAGCGAUGGCCGUACAUGGAAGAGGUGAUGCACGCUGUGGGCGCAGUGGCUAGGGAUGCUGCAGCCUUGGGGGCAAAAGGAGUGGAGUGA